AUGGCGUCGUCAAUGGAGAAUAGCUCAAAUCUCAAACAGCAAGACGAGUUAUACUUAACUAUCACUUGGGACAAGAUUUUAAUCGGUAUAGUUCUUUAUAUGGUAACAUUAGUUACAAUCCUGGGUAACAUACUCGUGCUGGUUGCGGUGAAAAUUAAUCGGAGGCUGCAGACAACGUUUAAUUACUACAUUGUGAACCUUGCGAUCACUGACGUUGCCGUUGGCCUAACUGCAAUGAGCUUCCAGGCGACGUUUAUUGUGUUCGGACGCUGGCCAUUUGGGGAGGUCCUCUGUGCUCUCUGGAUUUUCUUUGAUUACGGAAUGACGUUUGUGUCUGUGUUCACGCUGAUCCUGAUAUCCAUUGACCGGUUCUGGUCCAUCGCAUGGGCGCUGCAAUACCGCCACAGACACACCAAGCGGAAGUGCAUUCUCUCCAUUCUUGCUGUCUGGGGUUUUAUGUUGCUGCUAUGGGUUCCUGCGUGGAUCGCUGACCGGGUGAGGUAUAGCGAACCCGGUGUCUGUUUCUGGGACCCCUCCCUAAACAAGGAGUUUGUUUUCAUCGUAGCGAUCCUGGGCCACCAUGGUCCAUACUGUAUCAUGAUAUUCUGCUAUACGUACGUAUUUAUAUUCAUGCGAAAAAGGUCCAAGAUCACAGACGUGAGUUUCAAAAGUGACACUAAGACAGUGACGCAGACAAUCACAGUGUCUACUGUGUCAAAUGACUACAACGAACCUUCUACGUCGAAAGUUACCAAUGUGGUCAAGAUCAAUGUUAAACCAAAACAAAGCAAGUCUCUGUCACAGAAUCAAUUUGAGUCGAAGUUUUCAAACCAUUUAGAAGUUCCAACUACCAAAACUGAGACCUAA